GGUUGAAGAGUUAGUUCCCUUUAUACGCCCUUGUUGGACAGAAGCAUGGAAUCGCCAAUGGAAGGAAUGUCAUUCGAGGAUUAGGCAUUGAGCCAAGCCAUUCAUCAAUUGAUGCGGCAUUUCAUGCGCUUUCCACUGAGGGAUUGACUCGCCCCUGGAAGUUGAGAUCUUAAUGAUCAGCCUUCCUCAAUUCAAUCCAUUCAUUAACUGUCCCCAUCCACAGAAUCGCAAACAACGUGACAUCGUGCAGGAUGUGAGCAUCCUCCAGCAAUCGUUUGCCUGCCUGCAAUCAGUCCAAAGUACCUUUACUAUGUACACGAGGACACCCUGGUUACCACCCUCCGCUUCAUCAUCACCCCCCCUCCCCGGGGGUCACGUUCCUGUUUGUUACCUUGAAUCUGGAAGGGUGGGGUGAAUAUGAGGAGAAAUGGUCACGCCCUGCACCUUUCUUGUUCUUCUGAUCGACACAUCCCGGAUGGUCUCCCGGGAAUCAGUCACAAGGAUGGGGUGGUCGCGGGUUGAUGAAGAACCUAGCGCAGGAGCAACGCAUGACGGGAGCCCUCGUUGCGACCCGAUCGCUGAUGGCUGCAGAGUGGCUUGCUUGCGACAGGUCCUAGCCGUCAGGUGUGGAUGGUGGUGUUAUGGUGCGACGACUUCGACGCAUCGGAGAUUGGGGCAAUUACACUUUCCAGGACUUGGAUGGUGGCGAUGCGUAAGAAACAUACGAUCUUUGGAGAUGGAUGAUGAUGGACAUGCAUAUAGUUUAGUUUGUACCACUCUUGGCCCCAUGAUGGAGGCUGUGAGCAUUCCUACUGACGAUCAAGUAAUAAUACUCCGUAUCAAUUCGGAUACAAUGGAACGGGAGUCGGGAGGGGUUGCCGAUCAUUCGGAAGGGUUUAAUACCCCUUGUCUCCCGUUCGGAGGUCCGAUUUCCGAAUUCUCGCGAUGCUUCCCGCCGCCCUUCAUCCUUGACGGCUUCAAUGCUUUCAAUGCAGGCUUCAAUGCAAGUCAAUCCGGCUUUAUUCUAACCUCCAUCCAUCCCUCCUGGUAUCUGGUGAAUUUGUGAGUUGGUAAUUGUGUGAAAUCUGCUCCAUAAGUACGUAGGUAUUGAGAUGAUAGAAGUACUUCCUUUCACUCAACCAAAUCCAACACUGUCCUUCCCACAGGGCCCUAAUUCCCAUACUGGGAACGGAAUACUUCCGUCC